UCCUUCUUCCUUUGUGACUCAGUAAUGUCUGGGAAAUCUGCCCUAUGGAUCCCGGGAGGCCUGCAGACUGCAGCUGUGCUGGUGAUGCUGUUGGUGCUGAGCAACCAAGGGGCCAAGGGCAGGCACUCUCCAGAGAAUGCAGUGUACCAGUUUAAGGGCCUGUGCUACUUCACCAACGGGACGCAGCGGGUGCGGCUUGUGACCAGAUACAUCCUCAACCGCGAGGAGGUACUGCGCUUCGACAGCGACGUGGGGGAGUACCGCGCGGUCACCGAGUGGGGGCGGCGGAUCGCCGAGUACUGGAACCGACAGAAGGACAUCCUGGAGCGUGCGCGGGCCGAGGCGGACACGGUGUGCAGACACAACUACCCGAUGGACGCUGCGUUGAUCUCCGAGCGGCGAGUGGCACCGAAAGUGACUAUCUCCCCAUCCAAGGCAGAGGCUCUAAACCACCACAACAUGCUGGUCUGCUCGGUGACAGAUUUUUACCCAGGUCAAGUUAAAGUUCGGUGGUUCCGGAAUGACCAGGAAGAGACAGCUGGUGUCGUGUCCACCCCCCUCAUUAGGAAUGGGGAUUGGACCUUCCAGAUGCUUGUGAUGCUGGAAAUGACUCCCCAGCGUGGAGAUGUCUACACCUGCCAUGUGGAGCACCCCAGCCUCAAGAGCCCCAUCACCGUGGAGUGGAGGGCACAGUCUGAAUCUGCCCAGAGCAAGAUGCUGAGUGGUAUUGGGGGCUUCGUGCUGGGGCUGAUCUUUCUUGGACUGGGCCUCUUCAUCCGUCGCAGGAGCCAGAAGGGAACUUGUGGCCCUCCACCAGCAGGGCUCCUGCGCUGACACCUGUGGAUACUGUGGGAUUAAUCUUUGCUCUUCUGUAAUGCCUUCCUGCCCUUGCCCAGAACUCCCAGCAUCCUGUCAGCCUGUCUGGAGUAACUCUGACACAGUGGCCAGGUCACCUGCUGUGACUCCUUACCCCGAGGAUCUGUCUGCGAAGAUGCUUCCUACUCUGACCUAUAACCUGUCUGCUCUCCCAGCAAAGUACUCAGGCACCGAGGGGUUUCCUGUUUCCAUUCUUCCUCUGCAGUUUGUUCAAGAAAAGUAAUUGAAGCCAUGUACCUAGUACACAAUAGGACUUUUUCAUAAUUAAACAUGAUUAUGAGUUA